CUGCCUUGCGUGCUCACGUGACAGGUCGGCGCGGCCCGGCUCUCGCAGUCGUCCAGGCCAGCGAAGAUGGCGGCCGAGAGGGAACCUCCUCCGCUGGGGGACGUGAAGCCCACCGACUUCGAGGAGCUGGAGGACGGAGAGGACCUGUUCACCAGCACGGUCUCCACCCUCGAGUCAAGUCCAUCCUCUCCUGAACCAGCCAGUCUUCCUGCAGAAGAUAUUAGUGCAAAUUCCAAUGGCUCCAAACCUGUAGAAGUCAUUCUAGACGAUGACAGAGAAGAUCUUUUUGCAGAAGCCACAGAAGAAGUUUCUUUGGACAGUCCAGAAAGGGAGCCUAUCCUCUCCUCCGACCCUUCGCCUGCAGUCACUCCUGUCACGCCCACCGCACUCAUUGCUCCUAGAAUCGAAUCAAAGAGUCUUUCUGCUCCAGUGAUCUUUGAUAGAUCCAGGGAAGAGAUUGAAGAAGAAGCAAAUGGAGAUAUUUUUGAUAUAGAAAUUGGUGUGUCAGAUCCAGAAAAAGUUGGUGAUGGCAUGAAUGCUUACAUGGCAUAUAGAGUGACAACAAAGACUUCUCUUUCCAUGUUCAGUAAGAGUGAGUUUUCAGUCAAAAGAAGAUUCAGUGACUUUCUUGGUUUGCAUAGCAAAUUAGCAAGCAAAUAUUUACAUGUUGGUUACAUUGUGCCACCAGCUCCAGAAAAGAGUAUAGUAGGUAUGACCAAGGUCAAAGUAGGUAAAGAAGACUCAUCGUCCACUGAGUUUGUAGAAAAACGAAGAGCAGCACUGGAGAGGUAUCUUCAAAGAACAGUAAAGCAUCCAACCUUGCUUCAAGAUCCUGACUUAAGGCAGUUCUUGGAGAGCUCAGAGCUGCCGAGAGCAGUUAAUACACAGGCUCUGAGUGGAGCAGGAAUAUUGAGGAUGGUGAACAAGGCGGCCGACGCUGUCAACAAAAUGACAAUCAAGAUGAAUGAAUCGGAUGCAUGGUUUGAAGAAAAGCAGCAACAAUUUGAAAAUCUUGACCAGCAACUUCGGAAACUUCAUGCCAGUGUUGAAGCCUUGGUCUGUCAUAGAAAAGAACUUUCAGCCAACACAGCUGCCUUUGCUAAGAGUGCUGCCAUGCUAGGUAAUUCUGAGGACCACACUGCCCUGUCUAGAGCCUUGUCUCAGCUUGCAGAGGUUGAGGAGAAGAUAGACCAGUUACAUCAAGAACAAGCUUUUGCCGACUUUUACAUGUUCUCAGAGCUUCUUAGUGACUACAUUCGGCUCAUUGCUGCAGUGAAAGGGGUAUUUGACCAUCGCAUGAAAUGCUGGCAGAAAUGGGAAGAUGCUCAAAUUACUUUGCUCAAAAAACGUGAAACUGAAGCAAAAAUGAUGGUUGCUAAUAAACCCGAUAAAAUUCAACAAGCUAAAAAUGAAAUAAGAGAGGAAAUUGAAGAGUGGGAGGCGAAAGUACAACAAGGAGAGAGAGACUUUGAGCAGAUCUCUAAAACAAUUCGAAAAGAAGUGGGAAGAUUCGAGAAAGAAAGAGUGAAAGAUUUUAAAUCUGUUAUCAUCAAGUACUUGGAGUCAUUAGUACAAACACAGCAACAGCUGAUAAAGUACUGGGAGGCAUUCCUACCUGAAGCCAAAGCCAUUGCCUAGCGAUAACGUUAUCCCUGUUAAGGAGACAUUGGAUUCCUCAGUGAGAUCAUCUAGAAACCAUCUAAAUAAACCACUAUAUAUUUUAUGAA